ACCAUGUGACUGUGACAGUUGAUCUGCUAGAAAAUUUUACCUGGACACACUGUUAAAAAUUCCCAAGAUCUUACCUGAUUUUCUUGAAUUUAUGAAGAUUAUUCAAAGGUAUUUUCUAUAAAUAUUUGAUAACAUUAUCAAAGACUCCUCCGGAUAGGAUAUUUCCCUGAGAAUUGGUCGAAUUACCAAAAAUUAGAGUGGUACUAUCUUGUCAGACCAUUUCUUUCCGUGUAGUGCUUAAAGAGUGUCAAGAUGAGUGUCCAGGAAAUCUUUUCCAAACACCUUCCAAGAGUGGAGGAAAUCAUUGAAGAAAACUGUGAUGAACUGCAUAAAUUUGUGUUCAAUUCUGCAAUUCUGAGCAUUAAAAGGAGUCAGGAAGAUUCAGGAACUUCCAGUGAAUCCCUGGGGAUGGAAUUUCAAGAGAAUAUUUGCACAAUCUCCGCUCUCAGAACGUUUACCUGGGAGAUGCUCCACAUUGGGCACUGGAACAAAGUUGCAAUUGGUCAGAGAAUCAAUUAUUCUCUAGCAACCUUCCUGGAAGUCUUCCUGAAUCUCCAGAUUCGCAAUAAUCCUGAAAAUCUCAUAGCCUGGCUUGAAGAACUAGACACUGGGAUUUUACUUGGAGCUCCGAUACUCAGUCAAAAUGGUCAGGACAUUCUCAAAACCUGUGCAAGUUCAAUUAGUGAGGAAAUAUCCCUCAGACAAGAACCACAGAGCUUCCCCAUGACCUGUAAAAUUCAACCCUCCCCCUCCCAUGGAGUUACUACCAGAAAAAUUCCCAUUGAUACCCUCGAACUUCCCUCAAUCCAAGAAUUCAGAGAAAAAUUCUUCUUGCCCCAAAUCCCAGUUCUCAUCCAGAAUUGCAUUGAACACUGGCCAGCUAGAGCCAAAUGGUCAGACCUAGGAUACUUUAUUCAACGCUUUGGCUACAGAACAGUUCCCAUUGAGAUCGGAAGUCAAUAUACAGAGUCAAAUUGGGGUCAGAAAUUGGUACGUUUGAAAGAUUUCAUCGACCGGCAAUUUAUUUCCCGGAAAAAUGACACAAUUGUCGAGUAUUUGGCUCAGCAUGAUCUCCUGAAUCAAAUUCCUGAACUUCAGGAGGACAUUAGAAUCCCAGAUUAUUGCUACAUUUCGUCUCCGGACAAUGAAGUCAAGAGUGAAGUAGAAGUCAAAAUAUGGUUUGGUCCAUGGGGAACAGUAUCACCUCUUCAUUUUGACAAGAAACACAAUCUCCUGGCACAACUUGUUGGCACAAAGAGACUCCUUCUGGCUGAUCCAAAAGACUCGGAAGAUGUGUAUCCUUUUGCAGGAGAAAUGCUCUCAAAUACCUCCCAGGUUGAUCUGGAGAAUGUCGAUGAGCUGCAAUUUCCCAACAUCAAAAAUGUCUCCUUCCAUGAGAUUAUUCUCAAUUCCGGAGAAAUGCUUUAUAUUCCACCAGGAUGGUGGCAUCACGUUCGAGCACUCAGCAACAGCAUUUCAAUUUCAUUCUGGUGGGAAGAUAAAAUUCAAUCACUGUGAUUUAUUUGGUGAAUGGAAACAAUUUUCUUGACUGUUUGAAUUUUGAACUGCUCAAUUAGAGAUGGGCACUCACGCUGAUUGUUGACAUAAAAUUGUAAAGAAUGAAAAAUAAUAAAAUACAUUUAUAUCGAGAAAA